AUGCACCCGACUAUUGCUACCCUUUCUAUACUGGCAGUAGCCUCACUAGCUGAGGCUGUUGCCAUUGAAGCUCGCUCGCAGAACGCCACUCCACUGACUCCCAGUCCCUCGGCUACCACAACCGGGAUUGAUUGGUUUCAGACCACGCCUGAAAGCUACCAGGGCACGACUGCAACCGGCGUUGCUCCCUUCUUAGCCGAGACAAACCCUGCUCCGUUUGGACAAAAGACCCUGUCUCCAAAUGACCCGUUGGAAACAAGUGAACCGAUCGAGGGGGCUGCUGGUCGCAAUAUAUUCCAUUACAUGGGCAACUUAAGCCCUUACCAUGUGCCCGAUGGCUUCGGAGUGGAUGAAUAUCCUCUCCCAAAAGGAUCCAACAUCACUCAGAUGCAUAUGAUCCAUCGCCACGGCUCCCGUUAUCCUUCAUCCUCAGAAGGUCUGGCCUCAUGGGCCCAGAAAAUCAUCAAUUCUACCGCCAGUGGCAACAACUUCACGGGCGCACUUUCUUUCCUAAACGAUUGGGACUACGGACUAGGUCUAGAAAUCCUCGUCCCCAAAGGCCGCCAGGAGCUCUACGACAGCGGCGUCCUAAACUUCUACAACUACGGACACCUUUACAAUGCGAGCUCCCCCCAUAAGCUGGUAGCGCGCACCACCACCCAAGACCGCAUGCUCAAAUCCGCGGAGAACUUUCUCGCCGGCUUCUUUGGCCUUGAAUGGACCGAAAAAGCCAACCUCCUCCCAAUAAUAGAAGGAGUUGGCUACAACAACUCCCUAAUCGGGACUUACUCCUGCACCCGUGCACUAGAGUACAUGGCAUACAACGCCACCACACCCCUAUCAACAUGGAAAAACAUAUACCUCAAAGCGCGCACCGAAGCGCUCCGCACCCUGACCGGAUCCUACAACUGGACCACCACCGACAGCUUCAACGCGCAGGAUAUGUGCGCCUACGAGACCAUCAGCUAUGGCUACAGCCAAUUCUGCGAGCUUUUCACCUUCGAAGAAUUCGAAAACUUCGGCUACGCCUUCGACAUCGAGUUCGCCAACAUGGUCGGGUUUGCCUGUCCCGCGGGCCGCGCGCAGGGAAUUGCCUGGGUGGAGGAAUUCCUCGCCCGUGUGGAGGGCCACUUACUCCAGACUACAGGCACUAAUGCUAACAUGACCUUGGACACCAACCCUGUGACGUUCCCAACGGACCAGAAUCUUUACCUGGACUUCUCGCAUGAUGCCGGUAUAGUUGCUGUUCUUACGGCGUUUGGGUUCCGGCAGUUCGCCGAAUCCCUGCCUGCCACUGGGCCCCCUCUGUACCAGCAGUUCAAGAGCAGUAAAAUCGUGCCUUUUGCUGGUCGGACGAAUAUUGAGAUCAUUAAGGCGCCGAAUCAGGUGGCUGCUAUUCGUCCUGCGGGUGAUCAGAGCGAUGCUUAUGUUGAUGGUACUGGAGAGACGUUUUAUGUUCACUUUUUGCAGAAUCAGCGUACGCUUCCCCUGCAUUCUAGCUUUGAGGAAUGCGAGUAUCGCGAUGAUGGAUGGUGCGAGCUUUCGACGUUUAUGGCUGUUCAGAAGAAGGGUUUGGAAAGGUCUCAGUUUGAGUAUGCUUGUUUUGGGAAUUGGACUGUGACUGAGUAUGGGACUGUUACUGAUGGUGUUCCGGUUUGA